AUGUCAUCGUGCAAUCAAACUGCCUCCCGAACACAACGGAAAGCCCCAAGAGAUCCUCAAGCGGCUUUCUUUUUGCGUAUGUGUCCAGCACUUGCUGUCGGCUUUUUCCUCAACAACCGAAAAUUGGCACCCAAAGCAAUAACAUAUUUGAAAAGUGUUUAUACAGAAAUGGAAAAUAUCUUUUUCGUUGCCUGUGUUAGAGAUGUCAUCAGAGAUGGUGUAUGUAUAAUCGAUGAACUGGAAUUCGCCGAUGAUGUUUCACCGCGAAAUUUGCAGCCUGCAACGAGAACGGUAGCCAGCGGUAGUGCUUCGUCGCAGGUAGUGGCAGUAAUCUGCCCAGUUGCUGCUGACCGUCUGACAUUCGAUCUGCAUUUGUGGUUUUUGCAGGAGAAGGUCGGCAAGCAGGGUAAUUGCAAAAACAGUGAAGUGGAACAUUCUGGAGCUUCCUCCUGCGGCAUAGCGGAUUUCAAAAAAGAAUGA